AUGCCAUUUAAAGGAAUUGUAUCUUGGGUGACAAACGCCUUUAGCGUAAUCCCGCUACCAUCUUUCAACGGCAUAGCUGGAACGCUGGAAAUCCUGAACAUAACCAACACGGCCAUUCGCCAGGUUCCCAAUGCCAUCAAGAAUCUUCAGGCCCUGAAGAAGCUUUACCUUGGGUCGAACCACAUCACCGCCAGCAACGUGGGCAACGACGUAUUCGACGGCAUCAUUUCCACCUUAGAGUUGCUGUCUUUCGACAACUGUUACCUGACCCAUGUUCCGCCAGCCGUCGUCAGACUGAGGACGCUGCGGAUGCUGAACCUCACCGCCAACCACCUGCACGUCCUGGACCAGUACCAGUUCAGCAAGAUGGCGGCACUCCGAUAUCUCGUCCUGAACGAGAAUCUCAUCAGCGUUAUCAAGCACCUGGCGUUCUCCGGACUCGGCAACCUGACGAAACUCUGGUUGUCGCGGUGCGCGCUGCAGUACGUCCCGAGCGGUGCCCUCGGCCAGCCGCCGAAUCUGGAACUGGUGGAUCUGUCCUACAACAGAAUAACACAGCUCGUGGACGACAGCUUCCCUAACAUGAACUCUCUCAAAGACCUGUCUCUGUCCGGAAACCCGCUCACCAACAUAUCCAAGCUCGCCUUCCGUGGGCUGGCGACAAUGGACAGACUGCACAUGGACGACUGUGGGCUUGGCAGAGUGCCGAAGGCUAUCCAGUAUGCGUAUGGUCUGCACAACGUGGAUCUCUACAACAACAACAUCACCUGCGACUGCAGUCUCAAGUGGAUUGCCAACUGGCGGGCGUCUGUCGGUCUCAUACCACACAUCCAGAGUGUAUGCCACGGACCAAACGACGAUCUCGAUAUGUAUAUUAGAUACGAUCUAAAACACUGCCCAUAAAGCAAAUUAAUA